UAAUGUAGUGUAGGGGAAAAGUAUGUUAAGAUAUUUUGUUGGCCACCAUACGUAAAAUAUUAACAAUACUCGCACGAAUUCAACAAUAUGGCACCGGGUGCUGGGGCUUAUAAGUAAUUACAUGAUUACGUUAAUCGAAUAUUGUUAAUAUUACCAUAUUAAUAUAAUAACGUUGUGCGUUAAUAUAAAAUGAUUAGAAUACUACGUACAUUUUAAUAAAUAGUAAUAAUAUACUGAGUAAGAAAAAUAAUUGCAUAGCGAUUCUAACCUUACUUCGGAAUUUUCGGUUCUUAAGUUUCAUCUGGAUUUUUAUUUUUUAAUAUAACGAAAUAUAUAAAGGAAGAAACCAUGGUUAAUGUUAAUCCCAGAGUAUUCUUUGAUAUAGAAGUGGGCGGACUCCCAAUGGGUCGCAUAGUGUUUGAACUAUUUGCAGACAUUUGUCCAAUAACAUGUGAAAAUUUUCGUGCACUUUGUACUGGAGAAAAAGGACUUGGAAAAACAACUAGCAAACAAUUGCACUAUAAAGGAAUUGUUUUUCAUAGAGUAGUUAAGGAUUUUAUGAUUCAAGGUGGUGAUUUUUCAGUAGGUAAUGGAACUGGAGGAGAGUCAAUUUAUGGUGGAACAUUUGCAGAUGAAAAUUUUAUUAUAAAACAUAAUAAACCAUUUUUAUUAUCUAUGGCAAAUCGUGGUAGAGAUACAAAUGGUUCACAAUUUUUUAUUACAACACAACCAGCGCCUCACCUCGACAAUGUCCAUGUGGUUUUUGGAGAAGUAGUGUCUGGCCAGGAAAUUGUAACACAUAUUGAGGGACUUCCAGUAGACCGUAUGUCUCGACCCUUACAAGAUGCGAAGGUUGUAAAUUGUGGAGAACUUGUAUUGAAAGUUAAAAGUAAAACAAAGAAACGUGAAACGAAGGACAGCAGUUCGUCUGAAUCUGAUUCUGAUUCAUAUGCAGAGAAACCUAAGAAGAAGAAAAAGGCCAAGAAAAACAAAAAAAGAACAAAAUCAGAAGAUGGUGAAAUUCACGAUUCAAAUGAAGAUGAUCUUGGAAAACCUCAUCCUUUAGUUUCAGUUACAAAAAUUGAUCCUGAUGAAAUACCUGAAGUACCAGCAAAUAAAUUUUUAUAUAGAGCAGGACCUACUAAUAAUGCAAAUCAAAAAGAAUUUAGGCAACACUAUGGAAGGGAUCGGGUACGAUCACAUAGAAAAACUGGUCGCAUAUUUAAAGGAAGAGGAAUAUUUCGAUAUCAUACACCUUCACGUAGUCGUUCGAGAAGUGUCACACCACCUCAUUGGAAACAAGCUCAAAAUCGUACUAUUAAGUUACAUGAAUUUCAGAAAUUAGAGAAAGAACGAUUAAAGAAAGAAGAGGAAUUAAAGAAACGUGAAGCCGAUAGAAUUAAAAAAUUUACCGAAAAUCCUGAUGAAGAUAAUCAGGUAGUGGACAAAUUUGACAUUGAAGCACACAUAACUGAAGAAUUAGAAAAUAAAGAAAACGAUCAAUCAGAUGAUAAAAAGAGUGUCAAUAAAAAUGUGGAUCAAGAUCAGGAUAACUUAAAUACUAGUACAGAUGUUAAUGACGCCAUUACAAAAGAUAAAGUAGAUGGAAAACAUAAAAAUGAAAAAAUAAUUAAACGUGAUUUACAUCGAUCGUAUGGUGAUAGAUCUUCACGGCGAGAAUCGCGUGAUAGAAGUAAAAGGCGUGGAAGUGGUCGAUCUAGAUCACGAGAUCGGCGAAGAUCUCGAGACAGAGAUUAUGAUCGUAGAAAUAGCCGUGAUAGGAGAAAUAGAAGAAAUUAUUAUCCUCGAAGACGAGAGUCAUAUAGGAUCAACAGGCCUGGCAGAGACAAUUAUAGAUAUAACGAUAGACGCAAUGAUUACAGAAGAACGAAUAAUUCUAACUCUAACUACGAUGCGGAUAUAAAUUCAUCUCGCUAUGAUAAAAAUCGAAGAAAAAGUGAUAAUAAUUCAGACUCUAAUAAUCAACCAAAAUUUAAACGCCGCUCACGUUCAACUAGUUCUAGUAGUCAGCACUCCAAAGACUAAAUGCAAUAUUUCUUUACCAUCAUUUCUGCAUAAUACAAAAGAAAGUAUAAUUUAUGAAGUAAAGUACAAUUAUGUUCUCAAAUUUUUUGUUAGAAUUUGUUUCUUCAUAGCAUAAAAAUUUAUGUAAUAGGAAAGUUCAAGUUUAUAAUAGUUGAAUAAAAUAUGAUGUUCAAACAUAAACUUCAAUUUUUUGGUACUUAGAAUUUGGUAAUUAGAAUUGUCUUUUAUAUGAUAAUAAUAAUUUUGAUAUUUCUACAAAAUAUAACACGUUGAACUCUAUAAUUGUUUGUUCAGUUCUAUAAACAAACAUGAAGCUGAAAUAUUUAACAUUAAAUACAUCUAACUCUCUAUAUAUAUCAUCAUACUGUAAAUUAAAAAUACUUUUAUAGUUAGUGAUUAAUACAUAUUUAUAAGUUGCGUUCAAGAAAGAACGUUUUUUACAGAUUCCGUAUAUCUUUUUCGUAUGCAAACUUAGUGAAAACAUUCAAAUAUAUAAAUGGGAUUAUAUUUUAUUGUGUAAGGCUGUUCAUAGAGAGUUAUGAAAGUUUAGAUAAAAUGAUGAAAAUAAUUGUAAUUUUCAUAUAAUUUAAAAAAAAACAUAUUAAUAUGUUGUAUAAUCAUUAUUCAAAAUAAAGAAGAGGUAUUAUAUUCUA